GGGAGACGCGUGUGCUCAGCCAGGAGCUGCUGAGAGAUCCCUCAUCGCCUGAUGCCUUAACAUCGCUUGUGAAGAAGGGCAUGUUAAGCUUUUGUGCCUUUGAGUUGUGUCUUUCGCGGAGAGCGCAGGCAGAGUCGGCAGAUGUGCUUUUGUGGCGGCAGCAGCUGCUGUGAAGGAGGGGCUGCCAGAUCCUCGCUGGAGGCUGGAGCAGCCCGGGGGGAUGCGGGCGUGCCGGGUACCGCGGGGAACUGCGCGCCACUUGUUGCUGAGAGCGGCUUUUAGUCUGCCAGGGACGAAAUGUUCGCUUAAAGAGGGACACAGGAGCGGUCUGGGGACUGUAAUCCAUCACUGAACCCACAUCUGAGCUCCCUCUUGUGCGUCUUUCAUUAUUUUCCGCAGUGUGAGCUGUCUUCCUUUGUCCUCUUCCGCCUGCUCAAAGUUUUUGAAAUUUUGUAAUUAAAAUAUUCGUCCCUGAAGCUGAGAAAUAGGGUUUCAGCAGUCCCUGACUGGGAGCCCCCAUCCUGCUGCUUGACCCUGGCCGGCCAAAUGUUAAGUGGAGCAGUUGAAGUAGUAGAGCAGAUACAGGGAAAAUGCUUCAGGAAUGCUCACAGAACGCCCAGCAACUCAUUUCGAAGGCAGUAAAUGUAAUAUGCAUUUUGCUUUAAUUUUCAGGAAUAUGUUAAGUAGUAAUGGCAGCUCCUACAAGUUUUCCAAUCAGUAGUUUUUCGGAAAUAGAUUUGGGUUGGGGUUUUCUUAGGAGCUUUCUGGAGAGGGUUGUUUUUUGUUUCGUUGGUUUUGGAGGGAUUUUUGUUUCUUUGUUUUAGAUGAAAGCAGUCAUUGGAGCAGGGAUUGCAUUGGAUACACUUUGUAGGGCACUUAGAUGGUAGUCACAAAAUCAUCUAAUGCAUUUAGGUGGGAAUAUAAAUUUUAAAUUUUGUCUUGUUUCUCAAACUAAAUCUAUAUAUGCAUUAGAAACUGACCUUUGCAACAGUCUUUAAACUAGGUAGUAGCAUUUUCUUGAUGAUUGAGAAGGUUAGGGAAGUUUUAGCAGAGAGCUUGAGGAACUUUCUCCAGCCACACAUGAAGAGCACCAGAGGAACAUUCCUACACCCGUUCCAAGAGUCCUUUACAAGUGUUCAUUUUUUGUCCCUUUGGACACAGUCACUGGUGUUUGCCAGGAACUCCUUCUCUAGAUGAUAUGACAAGUUUUAAUUUUUAUUUUUCCUACCUAGAAGAUCUGCCUUGAUCCAAUUAUGAAAAGAUGUUUAGAAAAGGAAAAAAGCGACACAGCAGCAGCAGCUCACAAAGCAGUGAAAUCAGCACCAAAAGCAAGUCUGUAGAUUCCAGUCUCGGGGGACUUUCCAGGUCUAGUACUGUGGCCAGUCUAGAUACAGACUCCACAAAAAGUUCAGGACAAAGCAAUAGUAAUUCUGAUACAUGUGCAGAAUUCAGAGUUAAAUAUGUUGGUGCCAUUGAAAAAUUGAAAUAUACUGAGAGCAAAAGUCUUGAGGGGCCAUUGGACUUGAUAAAUUACAUAGAUGUUGCACAGGCUUUUGUUUGUUUCCCUCCAAAGCAAGAUGGAAAGUUACCUUUUGUUCCAGGUGAAGAGGAGUUUAUUAUGGGAGUUUCCAAAUACGGCAUUAAAGUUUCAACAUCUGAUCAGUAUGACGUGUUACACAGGCAUGCUCUCUAUCUAAUUGUACGGAUGGUCUGCUAUGAUGAUGGUCUGGGAGCAGGAAAAAGUUUACUGGCUUUGAAGACAACAGAUGCAGCCUCUGAAGAAUGUAGCCUCUGGGUAUAUCAGUGCAAUAGUCUGGAACAAGCACAAGCCAUUUGCAAAGUGUUAUCUACAGCCUUCGAUUCAGUUUUAAUGUCGGAGAAGUCCUGAUUUUCUUGGGCAGCACGUGAGUGUGUAGUACAAGAGGCCUUUGUGAUACCACAGACUGGCUGCAGCCACACAAUCCUAAGACAGACUUGCUGUGCAAAGAGCCACACAACCUAGCACAUGGUACUCUGUCAUUCCUCAAACAUGACUUGAAGAAAUUAUUCCAUCUUCAGGUUUCAGGACAAGAAUUUUAUAUUUAACAUGAUUUUUUUUUUCCUAAACCAUGUUUUGUAUAUUAAUGUCAAUAUUGUAGAAAUGUAAAAUAAAACUGACACUUCUGCCUCCUUGUCCGAGAAACAAUUUAUUAAUACAGGCUUGGGUUCUGCUUAACCCAGAUAUUAGAACAAAACAAAAGCAAAGUGUAAAAGGGAGUCAUCUGGUGCUUUACACCUUUAAUCAUAGGUGAGCCAUCUACACAGUUUCUAUGUUCAGCUAAAGUCCACAAGAUGUACUUUUUUUUCCUCAUGUGCUAGUUAUUAGUAUUUAUCAUUUUUACACAUUAAAAAGAACAGUAUUGCCUAAGCAAUGCAAAGGAACAGAAGAGAAGCAGACAAAGAUUUUAAAAGUAGUUUUAUUUUUCCAGACAUUUGACUGGUUGACAAGAGUAAAAUUUAUUAAUCAUGCUCUAAUUAUAAAUCACUGCAUCCAGGACAUUGAAAAUAAGAGUUGAUUUUAGGUUAUACAAUAUAUACAGUUGCUCUGCAACUAAACAAAAUAAAAACAACAGAAUUGAAUAUUAUACAUCUCGUAGCAUUCUAAGCUGCAUUUUAAGUGUCACUUGCUCCUUUUUAAACAGUUAACACAGCAACCUAAUAGUCUGUCUAUUAACAGUUUUUUUGAGUCAUUAUUUUAAUCAGAUUUGAAAAGUUGUAUGAAAUAUGCCAAAAUUUUGGACUUAAAAUUCUUGAUUUUAUAUUAUAAAUAGAUAUCUACAGGCUCUAGAAUUUCUUUUUCUCUGCCAGAGGAGAAAACUUUGAGAAACAUGGGAAAUCAAGGGAUAAAUUUUGCUUAGCUGCUCUUUAUUGGUCCUCAGGAUUUUAUCUGUCUGCACUGGUAGUGCUAUUAAGUUGUAGUCUAAAAGUCUCCUAGUUUCUAAGUGACCAGUUGUGACAUUUUCGUGUAUUCCUCUUCUAGCAGAACUCAAGGAAAAUUUGCAUAAUUUUUUAACUUUACGAAUUGUUACAUACACUAUAAGAUUCUGUGUUAAAAAUACUGUACAUUAGGAGAUCUGUGCAAAAUAAUAUGCCCAUUUACUCUCUAGACUCUAUCAGGGAUAGAAACAUACAAAAUAGUGUCGCAAACUGAACAUAUCAGUAAGUGAAUAAAACUGUAGUGCUAAACUAUUACUCUAUCAUUUUACUGGGAACUUUGAAAAUACGGACUAAUUUGCUUUGACUUGCAAUAAAAAUAUCUUGAAACAUU